UUUUGACCUUUUGCGUUGAGUUUAUGCAAGCAAGAGACAAAGCUCUAAUGUAGAAUUUGGAUGUUUCACUUCGAGUGUCUCAUAUCUAGUACUCUUCCUUGCUCCUUGGGAUCUAAAAACAUACCCUUAAAUCCUGACCGUCCAAUUGAACAGCGAAGGGUGCUCCCUUGAGUACACGUGCUGCCUAUCUUUUCUUCCUUUUUUUAACCUUUUGCUUCCAUGCAUGGAAUUCUCCUCCAACUACAACACAAACAAGAGAGAGAAGAGUUGAGAGAGAGAGAAAAAAAAGGGCGAAGAUAGAAAAGAGAAGAAUGAGUCACGGUUCAGCUUCGAUUGUUCUUCACAGGCCCGUUCAUCGCCAUCAUUAGCGACUCAUUCUUAAAAAUUUUGAUUUUUUUUUUAUGAACCCAUAUAUUUUUUAUUUUUUUAUUUUCGAGUACAUCCAUUUUGUGGGGGCUAGAGUACUUGGGAAUGGAAUUUAGAGGGUCCCUUUUGUGUGGGUCGGAUCUCGUACUUAACAAAAACUGUCACAUCUGAACACUUCGAUUCUCAUCUGAUUAUCUCAUCUGGCCAGAAAGCAAGGAACUUCAUGAUCCGUUCACCAGUUUUUCGAUCUGAGUGUUUUUGAGUUUCCUCUGCUUAUUCACCAUUUAGGUCUUUACAGCUGGAAAAAGAUCAUGGAAUGUAGCAUUCUACCAGAUAUAAGUGUGAGAAUGAGCCAGAAAGAUUCAGAGUCUGAAGCUGGGAAACAGCCUGGUUAUGUCCUCAGGGAGAACCCCAAGAAAACGCGGCGUUUUGCUGACUCAAGUGGUGGUGUUUUGUUGAAGGAAUUACAUGUAUGCAAAGAAUGUGGUAAAGGGUUUCAAUCACUGAAAGCUCUAUGUGGUCAUAUGGCUUCUCACUCUGAUAAAGAAAAGUUGGUGAUUAGCCACAAGUUUGAACAAUAUUUGGGUACUAACGAGAAGCCGAAACUGAUAAUGGAUAGUCACUCAGAUACCGAGACUUCAGCUCCGAGGAAGAAAAGGGUGUCAAAGAGAAUUAGGUACAAGAAUCUUGAUGUUUACUCUUAUAUGGGGAAUGGUUGUUCUUCUGUUCCAGGAAUCGAGCAAGAACAGCAAGAGGUGGCCAUAAGCUUGAUGUUGUUGUCUAGAGAUUCUGGCCAUAAAGGAGGUCUGAACUCGGUUGGCGAAUCUUCAGAUAACAACUCAGUGGUUUUAGAGGCUAAAUCUUCUUCAAUUGAUAUGAUGAUCAGUGGUAAGAAGGUUCUGAGUUCAGUCACCAACUUGGAUGAGGUUGUGGGAGCGAAGAAAGCAAGUGCUGGGGAGUUGAAAUCUUCCAAGUAUGUUAGUGCUUCUGAAAAUUCUGAUUCUGGGUAUUUCAGAAAUGGACCCAAGAAGAUCGAAUCGGAUGUGUCAGUUGAUGGGUUUCUGAGAAAUGGUGGUUUUAAGAAGCUGGAAGUGGAAUCAGGAUCUGGGUUUGGAAGGAAUUUGCUUGAUGAAGACGCUAAAGAUCAAGUGGAAAGAGGUUCUUCGAAAUAUGAAUUGAGAAAGAGAACCAGGAAUGGGCUCUACAGACCUGAAUCUUUAAUGGGUGCUUUCAAGAAUGAAGCUAACUGGUUCUCCAACGAUGAAAUUCUUAAAACUAAUGGUCAGAAGAGCAAGUACGAGUGUUUGACUUGUAAGAAGACUUUCCAUUCUCAUCGAGCUCUUGGGGGACACAGAGCCAAUCAUAGUAAGAUCAACGGCUGCUGUGAAUCAAUUUGCGAGAGUGGAGAAAACAGCAUAGAGAUGGCUAACAGUCCAAUUCCAAUAGCUAAUGAUAAGAAGCUCAUUGAGAAUGACACCGGCAAAACUCCAGUUAAAGAAGAUGUAUCUGAAAGAAAACCAGUGUCGAAGAAGAGCAAAGGACAUGAGUGUCCAAUAUGCUUCAGAGUUUUUAAGUCCGGCCAAGCUUUGGGUGGCCACAAGAGGUCCCAUUUUGUUGGAGGCCGUGAGGCCAACACUAUGGUGAUCAGGCAAGAACGUCUUGAGCCUGAGCCGGAGCCUGUGGCUGAGGUUACAGUUUUGUUCGAUCUUAAUCUUCCUGCUACAGAGGAAGACCCAAAUGAAGAUGUUGGAUUCGUGGCAUGGUAGGUUGAAGAAGACCACAAGCAUGAAUUUCUUUCUUUCUUUAUCUAUUUCUUAAAUCUAAUUCAAUUCUUACUUAGAAUUAUUCUGUCAUUGUUUCUUGAUGAAUGUAUAGGCAAGUCCUUUUUGCUUUUCCUUCAAGAAUGUCUUAAUGGAUGAUAUUUCCCUUCUUGUUCAUGAUA